UGUUGUGACAGAAAAGGGCAGCAUUCGGCACUACAACUUAUACAGGUAUUUUCAAUUGCACGUCAGUUGUUGGCAUUCUGCCCAAAUCUCUUGUCGGUAAAUAGUAACCGGAGGGGAAAUUCUUGCGUGCCUUUUGUGGAACUACUACUACAACACCUAUAGGUUUUUCCCUUCCUUUUCAAACAAUUGUUCCUAAUUUCGACUCAUUGAUAUUUUCCUGUUUGGUUAACAUUUUUCAUUUAACAUUUUUCUUAAAAGGCAUUCAACUAUUUUGUGUCCGCUUUCUUCGUAUGCUCUCUUUUCGCGAGUCUUUUUUUGAAAUAGGGCACAGCAUUUGAGUCCCGGAUGGCAAUCGGAUACUCUAUCCUUGCCUUCGGCCAUGGCAUAUAAAGCCUCAAUUCCCGCUUUCUCGGGUUUUUCCCUUUCUUUUCGGAACCGCAAGUAUGAGGUUGCGUCACGAAAAGAUUGCCAAAGCCAAACAAACUUCCCGUACUGACACUAUUGCCAAAUAAUCUUUCCUCCAAAAUAUUCGCGAAUAUUUUAGAGAACUGAUUACAUACAAGAGUCUUAUUUUCAAAUUAUUGUCAAUAUCUAUUCUCUACAGUUUGGUGGAUUUUAUCAAACUAUUCACACUGCUGUUAAGAUGAGUCGACUAAUACCUGUGCCGAUGAUGACAACAUGAAAGAUUUUUAAACUAUAAUCGAAUGAGGUGUAUGUCUUAAAUGAUCCUGUUUAGCAAGGAAUGCGUAUAUUUGAAUUGAUCACAAGAAAUAUCGCCGAUAAAAAUAAAUGGCCUGCCUUCAACCUCCCCUUGUAAGUAUAUUGAAAACAGGUUCACAAGGUUUUUCCCCUUUUCCCAUAGAGCCAGAGCUGGAUGUGUACUACCUGAUAAAUAAGAAAAAAGGUUCGCACUGCCAGUCUCACAGAAGAUUCUUGAACUUCGUGGACAACACUCAAUAACCGUGCUGCUCUGCACAAUAGCCGGUUCUCCCAAGUUAUCCGCAGUUUAUUUUGUAAAACUUCCAGUAUUUAGAUUGAAGUUUGAAAACAACGGCACAAAAAUGGAGACAAGUGUUGUGGAGCAAUCCAGCUUAGACCCAAACCCGCUACAAACUGCUGCCAAACGAAUCGUGGUUUAUUCUAUGAUUGGUGGACUUUUAGGAAUUAUUUUUAAUUUUAUUUGGAUGUUGACGACUGCUCCAUCAACAAUUGAACAGAGUAUUUCGAUCGUUGGGAUAGUUACAGCGUUUGUCUUCAUCGGUGUCACCAUCCUUCUUUAUAUCGCUGCCUGUCAGGAUAACAAUCCGAUUCUGCUUUUACCAUGGCUCAUAUACCAGGCCCUUUUGUUACCUUUAUUAACAGCCUGCUGGUUAAUUCUGAUUGAGAUGGCAAUUGACCGCCAUGAUGUUAGAAUAUUUGACCUUAUAAUUAUUCUUUUAAGAAUACUGGUCAACGCCUACUGCACAUGGAUCAUUUUAAUCUACUAUCGUGCAUUGAAAGAAAAGAGGAAUUCCAAGAACAACGCACAGCUGGAGAGCCCCGACCCGUGAAAUGAUAAUCUUGUGGUAGAUAUUUGAAUUACCUUAUAAAACAAAAGACGCGCUCAAACAUUUAUUUAUUCGCCAAACACAUGGAGAAAUGGUUAUGUUUUAAUAAAAUAAAUAAACAUUUACAUUACUUCUUUUUA